AUGCCAAGCCCAAUCUUGGUUCCAAUGCUGCAGAGACAGAUUCUGGGUUUUGGUCAAACAAAAAAGGACCCAGCGAAGAUGAGGGAGAGAGAGAAAGAGAAGGGAGGACAAGGAGGGAGAGAGAAGCAGGGUGGGUCUGCGAGGGUGGGUAGGAGGCGCUGGCAGAGGAAGAUUUUGGUUGGAUUAUUUAAAAUAUAA